ACAGAAAAGCACAAACAGCGAUUUGAAUUUCUGAUCCAUUCUUUUUGAGGAUUCUGAUGGUUGGUCUUGAUGCCGCUGGUAAGACUACAAUCCUCUACAAGCUCAAGCUCGGAGAGAUCGUCACCACUAUCCCCACCAUUGGAUUUAAUGUUGAGACCGUGGAGUACAAGAACAUCAGCUUCACUGUGUGGGAUGUUGGUGGUCAGGACAAGAUCCGUCCAUUGUGGAGGCACUACUUCCAGAACACUCAGGGUCUUAUUUUUGUGGUUGAUAGCAAUGACAGAGAUCGAGUAGUUGAAGCAAGGGAUGAGUUGCACCGGAUGUUGAAUGAGGAUGAACUGAGGGAUGCUGUUUUACUUGUUUUUGCCAACAAACAAGAUCUUCCUAAUGCAAUGAAUGCUGCUGAAAUUACUGACAAGCUUGGACUUCAUUCACUCCGCCAACGCCACUGGUACAUCCAGAGCACUUGUGCAACCUCUGGAGAGGGUCUCUAUGAGGGUUUGGACUGGCUUUCCAACAACAUCGCAAGCAAGGCAUGAGACUUGAAAAAUUUUGGUGUGGUCUGGUAAUUCCACGCUUGUGUGGCGGUUCUUGGAGAAGGAUGGUGUUUACCUUUCAAGUGAAUGGAUGUAAUAGCAGAAUGUUUUGUUAGAAAUAUUAUCCACUUCACUCUGUAACUUGGGUUUGUACCUUGUAUGAUUGCUUAAAUUAGCUAAUACUUUUAGCUAUAAUUGGAACUCUUGCAAUCUCAUUUGGCUACCACCUUUCAUCGUCUUUUCAUUUGUUAGUUUGAU